AAAUUGACAAAUUUAAAAUGGCGGAUUCAACAUGGUAAAUAUCACAAUAAUAAUAAUAAUAAUAAUUUGUCAAAUUUGAUAUCAGAUUCGUAUUCAGCAACCUCGACAAUUCUUAAAUACGAAUUUUCACAAAAAUUAUGAUUGUUUGUUAUUUUGAUAUUCACCAUGUUAAAUCCGCCAUUUUUAAUUUGUCAAUUUUGACAUCACAUUCGUAGUAAGCAAUUUUGAAAACCAUUAUGUGUUCCACAUAAAUUGAAAAUAUUCAGUGAAUUAUUCGCAGUUGUUAGUUCCAUUUAUAAUCUGCUUGCGGUGUAACAAACACAAUAUUUAAUCAAAAUCUUGUUAACCGUAAUAAAUCCAAAAAGUUCCUUUUGAGAGUUAAAAGUUCUAGUAAUAUAUUUCUAGUUCUAGUAAUUAUAUUUCUUGAUUGUGUUAUCAUAUGGAGCCUUACUAUUAUAUGUGUUUCUAGUAAUAUACUUUAUUUGUAAAAAAAAAGAAACUUUCUUACAACUUUGACCUUACAUUUUUCGAAAUUGUGACGUAAUGGAGCAUUUUUGAAACCGGCAUUGUAUUCAGCAUUAAAAAAACUAUAAAAGGAGAUACCUCACAUUCUUGAGUUUAAAAAAAAGCUAUUUUUCGUUUAACUGUGUUAUCUACGGUGUCACAGACACAUUUUUCUUAUUUGAGUUUGUUUUUAUAGUUACUCACAUUUAACUCGUGGGUGUCUAAAGACUCAACUAUCGUCAGGUGAAAAUUAAAUUAAUAUAUAAAUAAUAUAUUUGUGGUAAUUCUUAUUAAAUUAUUAUUUAACAUAUUUUGAAGUUGAUAUCUAUUAUACUGCUAACAAUUUAUAAAAGUUACUCAAAGAAAUAAAUAACAUAUUUCAGUGAUAUUUUUUUGAUUUUGAAACUGAUAUAAUAUUCAUAAGAAAUUGUUUUAUAAGAUCAUAUCAAUGAUUAUAUCAUGAAGAAGCUUGCCGAGCAUCGCUGGUUGUUAGUGCGAAAUUUUCAAUGUUUUGUAUAGAAACAUCGUAUAGAAACAUCGUGUUUUAUAAGAGUUUUCAAUAAGUUUCCAGAUUGAAGAAGUAACAAUUACUCAGAUUUUGCAUCUUUAAUAUUUAAUUUAUAUAACAAAAAUUCUAACAAGGCAUUGAGCGGUGGAUUAUUGAUAAUUUUUCAUGUUUCAAUCGCCUUGUAGAGAUAAUAAUAUCGAUAUCCUUCCGCCUAAUCUAUGAUAAUCUUAUCACAUACGUUAUCGCAAAUGUAUAAAGUAUAUGAUAAAAUUAUGCGAAUUACGUUAUAAACUAUAUCUUGGUUCCUCCCAAAAAAAAUUGCCACAGUUACUGGUCCGACGUGCAUCAAGGCGUAUCAAAAAAAAAAAAGAAUGGAAAUGAAAAGUUGCUUCAUGAUUGCCAUUUUCGUGGCUCUCGCCAUUCUUCAUUCAGGUGAAGCAAGAAAAUGUUACGUUUGCCCUUUGGAAGUGGGCGAAUCUUGUGAAAAACUCACGGAUAAAAAUAAGAAGGAUUGUCUGACGCCUUUAAACCAUUGUGCGACAUGUACAGCUAAAUUGUCUAAUAAGAGUGAGUUCGUCACGCGUUCGUGCGCUCAAGCUGAUGUUGAAAUGAUCAACACACAUGCAACAGGUUAUGUUGGAACGCAAAAGCUUGAACUCGAAAGUGUCCAUUGCAAUUUUUGUAAUGAAGAUUUAUGUAAUAAUAAUGCUAAUGGCAUGUCAAUUAACAUGGUAACUUUAGGAGGUCUCGCACUGUUAUGGGCGUUCUUGCAGAUUCUUAUUAAUUCUUAAAUGUGUAAC